AUGCUGCUGCUGCUGCUGCCUCUGCUCUGGGGGACGGAGGGGAUGAAGAGAGGCUAUGGGGAUGGCUUCACGCUGAGUGUGCAGACGUCAGUGACGGUGCAGGAGGGCCUGUGUGUCUCUGUGCCCUGCUCCUUCUCCUACCCCCAUAAUGGCUGGACUGACUCUGACCCAGCUUAUGGCUACUGGUUCCGGGAAGGGGCCAGUGUAUACUUUGAUGCUCCAGUGGCCACAAACAACCUAUCUCGAGAAGUGCAGGAGGAGACCCAGGGCCGAUUCCGCCUCGUGGGGGACCCUCAGGUCAACAACUGCUCCCUGAGCAUCAGAGACGCCAGGAGGACGGAUGAGGGGACAUACUUCUUUCGGGUGGAGAGAGGAAAUGUAAAAUGGGCCUACAGCCCAUAUAAGAAUUACAAACCUGACCAGGUCUCUUUGCGAGUGACGGCCCUGACUCCCAAUAUCCUCAUCCCGGAGAUCCUGGAGUCCGGACAACCCAGGAACCUGACCUGCUCUGUGCCCUGGGCCUGUGAGCAGGGGACACCCCCCAAAAUCUCCUGGACAGGAGCCUCUGUGUCUCCCCUUCGCCCUGCCAGUGCUGCCUCCUCUGUGCUCACCCUCAUCCCGAAGCCCCAGGAUCAUGGUACCAACCUCACCUGUCAGGUGACCUUGCCUGGGGUCAAUGUGACCACAAGGACUGUCCAUCUCAACGUGUCAUACGCUCCUCAGAACUUGACGGUGACUGUCUACCAAGGAGAUGACACAGCAGCCAGAGACCUGAGAAAUGGCUCAUCUCUCUCAGUCCUAGAAGGCCAGUCUCUGCGCCUGGUCUGUACUGUCAAGAGCAAUCCCCCUGCCAGUCUGAGCUGGAUCCUGGGUAACCUGACCCAGAACCCAUCACAGUCCUCGAGUGCUGGGGUGCUGGAGCUGCCUCGUGUGCACCUUGGGGAUGAAGGAGAAUAUACCUGCCGAGCUCAGAGCCAUCUGGGCUCCCAGCACUUCUCUCUGAGCUUUUCCCUACCAAGUGAGUGCAGUGGGGGAGUGUCACCUGUGUCUGGAGUGAUGCUGAGGGCUCUCGUGGGAGCUGGAGUCGUCGCCCUGGUCUUCCUUUCCUUCUGUCUCAUCUUCAUCAUAGUGAGGUCACACAGGAGGAAGUCGGCAAGGCCAGCAGCGGGCAAGGGGGCUGCAGGCAUGAAGGAUGCAGUUGCUGUCAGGGGCUCAGCCUCUCAGGGUCCUCUGACUGAAUCUCACGUGGAGGACAACUCCCCAGCCCAGUCUUCUCCAGCUGUGGUGGCCUCCACUGAAAAGGACCAAGAACUCCAGUAUGCAUCCAUCACCUUUGAUAUGAAACCUCGGGUCCCUCACGGCCAGGAGGCCCUCGGCAGCGAGUACUCGGAGAUCAGGAUCCACAAGUGA